AAACGAAAUCAUUGAAAUCAUAAACUAUGUUAUCGGAGAUAUCGAUCAGUCAACACUGGAAAAAAUUAAUGAAACAGUAGCCUUGCCUAUUGAUCAACUUAUUGCACCAAGUAUAAAUCGAAGAGGACGUCAAAUUCCAAGACCCCAAAAUAGUUUUGUAUUAUAUAGAAGGAAUUUAAAUGCAGUUAUUAAUAACAGAAACGAUAUAAAAAGUGAAUUUAAUUUUAUUUCAAAAGAAGCAAGCAUAAAUUGGUCAAAAGAAAGUAAUGAGGUUAAACAACUUUACGAACUACUAGCAGAUUACGCAAAGCAAGUCCAUAAUUUAUUGUAUCCUGAUUACAGUUAUAAGCCAAAGCAAGGUGGAAGACAUUCAUAUUUACGCAAGCAAUACGAUGUUAUAGGAGGAGAGUGUUGGAGUGGGCUGUUUAUUCUCUCUAUAUUAAGAGAAAUAGAAUCUCAUCAAGAUAAUGUUUUAUCUUCUCUAUGUCUUAAAAAUAAUUGUUGA